AGGCUAUACAAUAACACACAUGUCUAUAUAAUAUACAUACAGAAAUAAUACAGAAAUAAAGAAGAAAAUUAGUACUCAUUUGUAGACCUUAAAAGAACAGCAAAGCUUCUCCAUCCAUUCAGAAAUUUCCCCUCAUCUCCUCGACAAGCUUGUGCAACUCACCGCUUUUGUUUUAAUACUCAAACAAUGGGAUUCUGCUCUUGUUUCUCAAAGGAUAAAAAUGACGGAGAUGAUUCCAAUCAUCAUGUUGAUUUUGCCGGUGGUAAUAUUCAACUUAUCACUGGCAAAGAUAUGUGGGACGAGAAGAUAGCUGAAGCAAAGAGAGAUGGCAAAAUUGUAAUUGCAAACUUUAGUGCAUCAUGGUGUGGUCCUUGUAGAAUGAUUGCGCCGUACUACCGGGAGCUAUCUGAGACUCACCCAUCUAUUAUGUUUUUAGCCAUUGAUGUUGAUGAACUCACUGAAUUUAGUACACAGUGGGAUAUCAAAGCCACUCCAACUUUCUUCUUCCUUAGAGAUGGGCAGCAAUUUGACAAACUUGUCGGGGCUAACAAGCCGGAGCUGCAGAAGAAGAUGGCUACUAUUUUGAAUUCAUGAGCUGCCCGGUGUUAGUAUCAUGUGCAAGUAUCGUUGUGUCCUCCCCUCGGAUUGUAAAGUGUUACAUAAGUUGAUUGAUUUUGUCCUUUCUUUUUUUGUUUCGGAAAAGAUUAAAAUAAUGGUAUUGAAAUGUUCUUACUUCUUAGUGGAGUAGCCUGUUAUCUCUCACGGGCUUUUGUUGUAUCUAGUUGGUUUUUCAUGAAUCUUUAGUUAUACAAGGAAUAAGGACUAUAAUACAUAUGGAGUAUGUGUUACUUUGAUUAUAAA